CUGAGUGCCCAGUAUCCCAAAGUGUCUAAAUCCUGUAAUUGUGAAAAGAUUCGUGUUUGUUUUUGUAAAUUCAUGUUCUCAUUUUCAGAACAUCGUCGGAUCACCGAACUCAACAAUAAAUUUGUCCCGACAAUGAGCCCUCAAACUUUUUUUUUGUUUAGGUUCCAAAUUUUCGAUCCAAAAUCUCUGUUAUUCCUUCGGAUCCCUCAAUUGAAUCUUAAAAUCGAGUCUUUCUGUGUUCGAUUCGCUCUUUUAUCUACGGAUUGAUCCCAGUUUUACACCUCGCCGUGCCCUAAUUUUGACUCUAGGGUUUGGGAUUUUUCACAAUUACGGGUAAAUUUUUUGAUUUCAUCGUUAGGUUUUGUUCGAUCUAUAAAUCUCAGUUGCUGAAGAUCCAAAAUUCAUCCUGUGAAAAGAUCAAGUAGGGUUUUUGGGGCUUUUGAAGAUUUGGGGGUUCUAUAAACUUGCUUCAUUGUUCACGUUUCGUCGGUUGUUUUUUCAACAAUUUUGCAAGUUACACUAGCUCCUGUAGCUCAGGGCGAAAUGAUACACAAACGGCCCCUUGUUGGCGAGGAUUCAUAUGUAGUUGCUUCUAAGCAACCAAGACAACUAGAACAUUCUAGUCAGUGUGCUUGUACUAUUAACAUUGUCCCUUCCAACAAUGCUCCGGAGAAGCCUCAAACUUCAGGCGAGGACAGUUUUAUUAAAUGUCAAGAUGAAGGAAGUCUUGUAAAUGAUGCAAUCACUGAAAUCUCAAAUGAGACCACGGUAUUAGAAACUGGUGCUUCCGGCAGCAUUUCCCAAUUUUUGUGGGUAAAUGGAAGUAUCAUUGGAGCUGAUGUUAUGUCAGAGGCAGCAGCUCAUUUAUCAUUUUUUCCAGAAUUUUUUGAAGCUGAACACCAAAUAAAAUCUUUAUAUCAGUCUGAUGAGAUCUAUUCAUCCCUUUUCGAUUGUCCUACGCGAAAGCUUGUUUCUGUUGGACCAGAGCAUCAAGCUUUCAUUCCAGAAUGGGGCCUACAGGGUCUUAAGAACUCUUCAGACCAUCUGGAUAACUCGGAUCCUCUGCUUGGCCUUGUACACAAAUCAGGUGGAGGCCUCCUGAUUGAUGAUGCUAGUGAGGAGAUACUGAUGGGUACUCGUGUCAUUCCAAUGCCUGACCUUGAAGCAUCUGCAAAUUCUUGCUACAGAAACAGGGGAACCAGAAGUGACUGUAGGUGCCUUGAUGAGGGUUCUGUCAGAUGUGUGAGACAACAUGUAAUGGAAGCAAGAGAGAAAAUAAGGGAAAAUCUUGGGCAGGAAAUAUUUGAAGAGUUGGGUUUCUGUGAGAUGGGAGAAGAGGUUGUAAAGAAAUGGACUGAAGAGGAAGAACAAGCCUUCCAAGAUGUUGUUCUUUCUAACCCUGCAUCGUUGGGGAAGAACUUUUGGGACCAUCUCUUGGCAGUUUUCCCUUCUCGAACAAAGAAUGACAUUGUGAGCUAUUAUUUCAAUGUCUUUAUGCUUCGGAAACGUGCUGAGCAGAAUAGACUUGAUCCACUAAACAUUGAUAGUGACAAUGAUGAGUGGCAAAAAAGUGAACUUGGACUGGCAGAUGAAGAUGAAGACUCUGUGGUAGAGUCUCCACUUGAUCAAGAUGCCACUGCAAAUCAUCAGGAAGAUCAUGUAGAGGAUUGCCUUGAUGAUAUUGAGGUUGAGGAGGAGAUAGAUGCUUGUAACAAUGGUGCUAACAUCAUUAUUCAUAGGGUUGGAACUGAUGAAGAUGAUGGGGGAGAUAUAGAUGAUAUUUCAGGAACACAUGUUAGUACUUUCUAUGGUGAUUGUCAUGUUGAUUUUGAUUUAGAGCUUUGUGGUAAAAUUCACGGCAGUAAUGGUGAGGAUUAUGAUAUUCAAGAUGACUCCUGCACAUCAUAUGAGUGUCAGCGUGACAGGGUUGAUAGCUGUGGUACACUUGAUGGGGAGACUAAUGCAAGAGAGUCCGGUGGAGAAAUGAAACACUCAAUGAUACAUCUUGUCGAAUGUCAAGAUGUUUAAUGCAUCCCAGGAUAUUUUUAUGAAGCAUUCCAGGAUAUGUUUAUAAGCCUUGCGAUGGUGAAGCUUGGAUAAUAACAGACAGGGUGGGGGAAAUUUUUACCAAUUUGCGGUUUGAUUGAAUUGCUUCAUACGAGUAAAGUGGUUUCAUGUUCAGAGUCUUGCAACAAGGAUGGCAAGGCCAACUAUAUCAGCUACAGCUGAUUUGUUUCCUCCAGUUCUCUUGGUCCUCUUAUGAGUGUAAGUAAUCUUUGGGGCAUCGAUCAUUCCAGGCCUUUCAGAUGACAGACGAUAUUAAACAAGAUUUGCAUGGUUGUAGAUUAUCUGCCUUUUAAGGACGCUGGUUAAUAUAGUUUUCCUUGUGAGAUCUUUUACACAUUGGAAGAUGUGAAGCAUAAAAAGUAUUUUCUCAAAAGGUAGUUGAUCUCCAUGAGUGUGUCAAAGUAAGACUCAUGGAAUUUUGCCUUUUGAGUUUGUGGGUUGCUAAACCCUUAUCUGCAAAACACAAAUCGUGUUUCCCCUUUUCAGGAUCAGCUUGGGAUGGGCUCAUCUAGUUUUGAUGAUUCCAUUUCAGAAGACGAAGGCUUCCUACGAACAACACCAACCCCCCCCCCACCCCAACCCCCCCAAAAAAAAAAAAAAAAAAAAGAUUCCUGUCGAAUUGAGGUGUAGUUUGUUAUGGAAGCUUUUACUAUUAAUGUUAUUUAUUUAUUUGUUAGUAAUUGUGCCUCUUCGUAUUUUCCUUUUGUAUUUAUGUUUGUUUGAGGCGUUGAGCGGUGUUAUACCAAAGUGGAUGUGGGCUCAGACCUUAAUUCUUUGCCUAAUAAAUACGAGCUAUUUAAUCAGAUGAUAUGCUAGCUCUUAG